GCAUGGGGUGUUUUGAAUAAUUAUUAAAAUUAGCAUGUGUCUGCGCCAUCCUGUGGGUGUGGCGCAGAGCGGAGUGUAAACUCUAGCGGGGCUGGAGCAAACAUUGGAUUAGCGGCAGCAGCCAGCCAGCCUGCUCUAGGAGUGCCGGGACCAGCGCGCGCCUCGGCGACCGGCACGAUGGCCUCGUCUCAGGGGAAGAACGAGCUAAAAUUCGCCGAUUGGAUGGCAACUCUGCCAGAGAGCAUCCACAGCAUCCCCCUCACCAAUUUAGCCAUCCCAGGGUCUCAUGAUUCCUUCAGCUUCUACAUUGACGAAGCCUCUCCAGUUGGGCCUGAACAGCCAGAAACUGUCCAGAAUUUUGUCUCUGUGUUUGGAACUGUGGCCAAAAAGCUGAUGCGGAAAUGGCUAGCCACUCAAACGAUGAACUUUACUGGUCAGCUAGGAGCCGGGAUUCGUUAUUUUGAUCUUCGCAUUUCCACUAAACCCAGAGACCCCGACAACGAACUCUACUUUGCUCAUGGUUUGUUCAGUGCCAAGGUCAAUGAAGGCCUUGAGGAGAUCAAUGCGUUUCUCACAGAUCACCGUAAGGAGGUUGUAUUCUUGGACUUUAACCACUUUUAUGGGAUGCAGAAAUACCACCAUGAAAAACUGGUUCAGAUGCUAAAAGAUAUCUAUGGAAAUAAAAUGUGCCCAGCGAUUUUUGCCCAGGAAGUUAGUCUAAAGUACCUUUGGGAGAAGGACUACCAAGUCCUGGUCUUCUAUCACAGUCCAGUGGCUCUGGAAGUGCCCUUUCUCUGGCCCGGGCAGAUGAUGCCAGCACCAUGGGCCAACACCACAGACCCGGAAAAACUGAUCCAGUUUCUUCAGGCGUCUAUCACCGAGAGAAGAAAGAAGGGCUCGUUUUUUAUAUCUCAGGUGGUGCUGACCCCCAAAGCUAGCACUGUGGUCAAAGGGGUGGCCAGUGGCCUCAGAGAAACCAUCACAGAGAGAGCCCUCCCAGCCAUGAUGCAAUGGGUCCGCAUGCAGAAACCAGGAGAGAGCGGCAUCAAUAUUGUCACUGCUGAUUUUGUAGAACUUGGUGAUUUCAUCAGCACUGUCAUAAAGCUCAACUAUGUCUUUGAUGAAGGAGAAGCCAACACUUGAUAGCACCAUUUAGAGCAUCCACGUCCACGCAUAAGACAGAGAAGACUCAUCGUGUUAGGCAUUUUAUCUAUAAACACUCUGAUCUUCCUAUUCCACUGAGUCUCUGAAGGGAUUAGGGCUGGUAGUGGGUGGGAAAAGAGGGAAGCCAUUUCUUCAGUGAUUAUAAUCAUAUUCUGCAUUACUAUAAAUAAUUCAUUUCCCAUUUGAUGAGCAAAAUUUAGUGUUAGGGAUAAAAAGACCAGUGAAUUUUGCUUUUCAAAAUUAGUCUUUGUAUCGUAAUACUUCUGAGUGUUUACUUGAUUGCGUUUCUGGUUUCAGCCUAAGGCACCAACCAACAUUGUCUGCAUUCUCUUGCUGAAUCUUUCUGCUCCCUCUAGUGCACUUUUUUUAGUCAGCUGCUGUGUGAAACUCCAAACAAUUGAAUGCUCAACAUAACAUGUAUUACAUUGUUGUAUUGAAAUUUGUUUUGUGGGACUUGAUAUAAUAUUCUGUGGUCAUCUGCAACUGGGUGAUCACUGCUAACUCAUGAUCAUAGAAAAUAUGUAUCCAGUCAGUUUCCCUGCCUCAGUAAAUAUUGAAGACCAUGACCAGUGAUUUUGUUUGUUUGUUUGUUUGUUAUGUGAAAUAAUAGUGUUUCACAGUAUUUCUAUUUCAGGCAGCUAUAUGUAUAGAGUAAAAAUUUUUGGAAAAACUGUUUGUGCCAACUCCGUAAUGAAAAAUAGUAGGAGGGGAGAUGAAUACCAUUUUAAUUAAAGGAUAACUUAAAUAGAAUUGCUCUGAAAUGCCCAGUAAUUGUAAGUUAUGACAAGUGUGUUAAAGUCAGAAAAGUCUGAAAAGAACUUUUGCAAUUGUCUUCAAAUGAUUUUUAUUUGCUUUUUUUUUAAGAAGAAAAAGAAAGAAAUGAACUAGUAUGUAAAUUUCUCUAAUCAAUCAGAAUCCAAAUAUGUCAUCAUAGGUUCAAGUGUUUGAGGAAGAUAUUUCAAGAAGCUUUGAUUUGAUUUUCCUACGUGAAGUUGAAGAAAGGUGGUGGAAAGCCUUAGAGCAAUGUUUUUGAAACUGUGCCCAUGAAAUCUCAAAGAUCCAUAAAUUAUCUCUAUGACCUGGGCAGACUUAUGAAAAUCGACACUACCUCCCCUUCAUAGUUCCCUCUCCCCUGGGCAGACUUAUGAAAAUCGACACUACCUCCCCUUCAUAGCUCCCUCUCCCCAGGGUCGAGAAUGAGACUGUAAAUGUAUCACAGCGAGUGUCUGCAGGUCAACAUUUGAUAAUCCGAUUCUAUAGAGAAGAAAAAUUAUAAUACAGCUUUGAGCUUGUUUUUUGCUUGGAACCUUUGUGAAAUGUGACGAGUCUAAAAUAGUCUUAGAAGAGCACAAUAACCCUUGCCUAUGUUUCUCAGUCUUUGUGAGGCAUUUCUCAAAUAUGCUCAAAUUAUUACAAUUAUGAAUUACUUUAUUUUCAUGUUUAGAGAUAAUUUCCUUGAUAGUUUCUUGGGAAAAUAUAGUCCAUACAAAGUGGGGCCACAGAGAAGUAGAAGCAUGCCCUCUGAUUUUAACUAAUUUAAAUGUAGGAUAAUUGGUUUAAUCUCUUAGGCCUAGAUAAGGGGGAGUCAAUUCCAAGAGUAUGUAUGUGAAGACUAUAGAUAAUAAAGAGUUAAUUAAAAGAUUAUAAAUACUCACUGUCAGAAAAUAGUAUUUAUUAACAGCUGCAUGAGGGAAUAGGAAUUGUUUAAUGGAAAAGAAUGUUUAUGAGAAGUGUGUCAGUGUGUGUGUAGAACAAGUAGCAUGCAUUUUACACACAGCAGAUAUGUUCUCUUUCCCAGUUGUAUGUCUAUGUCUUGCCUAACACAAUAUAUACCCACUUCUGUGCAUGCAAUACACAAAUAAAUACAAGUCACACAAAUACAGACAUAGACAGAAUCACAACUCUUCUUUUUGCAAGACAGCAACGAUAAUAUUAAAUAGUCUUAAGACUGUAACUCUUAAAACCUAAAAUGAGUGAUAAGAACUCUGAAAGUAGAAUAGAUGAUGAUAUUAAAUAUUUUUGUAAAAAUAGUCUAGCUGGGACUUAAUUAUUUACAUAUAUAUAAUUUUUGUUCAUCUUUCCCUGGCAGUUUUAUUCUCCCCCCCCCUCACCCCUUCACCUGCAAUUGAAUAAGAAUCAUUUUUAAAGGACUGUGGAUUAUCGAGAUUCAUGUCCUAUAAACUUGCUUUUGGGGCAGACUGUCUCUCUGAUUAUUCAUUAUUCAUGCCUCAAGAGCAUGUUCAGCUAAGCACACUUGCCAUGACACAAAGAUUUAACUUAUAAAUAUAGCAGAAAACAGAUCUUUCAACAUAUUGACAAUGAAUCAGAUAUAGUAAUGAUUUUUUUUUUAACUUAAAUGCUUUCUUGUAAUGUUUGCUUAGGUUAGCUUUGUCAUUUGGGUGCUGGAAAAAACAAACACUGAAGCAUUAGCCUAAUCAUGCAGAUUCUUACCAGAGAAAGCUUUUCAUUAUUAUUAAUGACACGCACACAGAAAACCUGUUUGACAAAAGGUUAUUUCAAGUCAAUGAUAUGGUUCCCUGCAUACAUAUGAUGCCUAGAAAACAGGCCCUGAGGAUAAAUGGACUUGCCUUAAUUUCUAAAGAGUAAACAGGGAAAAGUGAGCCAUGUUCCUCCAACUAAAGAAGAGUUCACAAGGAAUGAUUCUUUUAAAAGGGCAAUGGAGAGGUACCUGUGGUUGGCUUUUGUCCAUUGGCUCUGCCCUGGAGCACACUCAGGGAGCAGGCUGGGGACUUACAUCAAGAGGUGGGGGGUGAGGCCAGAACUUACCUUAGCCCCAAGCCACCAGCUCCUCCCACCCCAACUCUCCCCCUAUCUCAGUGGGGCGGUGUCUUUCUAGAUAGCUCACAGCACAAGGGCUACAGAUAGGUCUCAAGGUGGGAGGAUUUACAUCUUGGGGCACUUUUCUUUCCUGUUCCUUCCAACUCUGUGUCACAAGUCCUGCCAGGCAAACAAACAAACAAAAAUAAUACUAUCCAGUUUUAAGCCAAUCUAGGAAAUCUAAGGAGUGGGUGAGAUGAGGGAAUCCAUGCCCAGAUACCAUUUUUGGCUUUCUACCUUGUUUUUCAUUCGGAAGAGUCACAGUGAUGAAUCCUGCCAUUAUCAUUUCUGUCUCACUGAUCACAACACAGUCAUGUGAAUACAGCAAAUGAGAAAGCAUCUUUUCAAAGCCUUAGGAUAUUUUAUAUGAUGACCUCAAUCUUCACUUUCAGCCAUACUAGGAAAAUUCACUUUUCAUGGAAUGCCACCUAAAUGUGAAUGUAUUAGAGCAUGAAGUGUUUGUCAUUUUGUGCCUGUGUAUGAACACACAUGUAAACACACACACACAUGCUUGGCGUGUACAUUCUCACACUUAUAACAUUAUUCACAUGGAAACUGCACUCUAAUUAUCAACCUGAUCUUAUUGCCAUUUUAACUCGUAAACAGGAUCUCUUGCACUAGUAGGCACACACGUAAUUCAAAUAAUUAAAUAUUUAAGAGGAAAAAAAAUCACUGGAAGACCAAUGAAAAAUGAGAUCUUUAUAAAUAAGAAAUGCCUAGCAGUGAGAGUCCAGCCACAUUUUCACUGACACUUUGAACUGGAGAAGCAAAAGUAUGCUUGAAGAGAAAUUACAAACAAAUAUGCAUCUUCAUUUAAGGUUACUUUGAGUUAUUUGAGGUUCUGUCAUCUUUUCCGCCAAGGUUAACUGUUCAGGUUCUCCCCUGUUAGGAUUCCAGUCUGGAAAAUUUGGAAGUCUCAGGAAAUGCAUGUUUUCAUGAAUUUUUCAGUGCUACUGCUUUCGUGAUCCAAUGACACCUUUGGUCGCUCAUUUAAAUGAGAGUGGUCGCAUUUUGAAUUGCUAAUAGAAAACCAUGCAGUGUCCCUCAGGAUAUGCUAAUCAAGGUUUUUAAAAUAUUUUGUUUGAUAGUACUUUAGUCUUUCAACUAGAUUUCAGUGACACAAUGGUGUAAGUGCUGUAUUUGCCAUAACUUAUUGGUGGUUCCUGUGUUAUAUAGCCAUUUUAAAUAAUGCUCUAAGUUGUUCAUUUUCCUAAUGACAAUGACAAAAUGGUCUGUAGAAUUUGUAAAAAUGUGUUGACUGUCUGUUGAACAUUGUGUAACUCUGAUUUCAUUUUGUGAUACUAUUUUGUAGGUAUUUGUUCUAAACAUAUACUUGUAUGAGUCAGAAGUACGUGCCUGUGUGGUGUGUAUGUGUAUUGUAUCUUAUGAAAAUCAAACUUAUCCUAAAAAAGGGCACAUAAUGACCAGUCUUAAUGCAUUGCCAUUUCUUGUUGCUGCAUUCAGAUUCAAACUUCAAGAGAAAUGAUGUUUCAGUUAAACAUGACCUUUUGAAACAUCAGAUGAGGAAUGUGCUUUACAACUUACUCUGAGUUUCCAUUACCAAAGAGUCCUGUUCGUGGAACAUUCUAUGCUUUUCAUAAGUUUCCAGUUACCACCAAUUAAUUAACUUCAUUUUCAUUCCAAAAAACCUCCUAAAUUCACAUUCGUUUCCAACAACCACAUUGUCGAUGUGCCGCUAAAGCUGUUCUCCAAACAUGGAACCAUCUUGCUUGUAAAGAAGGGUUUCCCAUGAAAAGUUUCUCCAAACCAUUGCAUUUUAAAAGUUGGAUCUUCUCGGUUCAUAUGAACUUCUCUAACUCUGUGAGAGUAACCAAAGACUCAUCAAUAUUAGGUGGUUCCAACAUGUUAUUGACCUCAAAAAACAAGCCUAUAGAAGCUCUUUUACCCCUUAGCCUACAUAUAAUUCACUUAUAGAAAAGUCAUGACUAGAUUAAGGAUCUGCAUAGGCUUGACAUGCUCAAAGCAAAAAACUCUUCAAUCUUGUAAGGACCUGGGAUCUGGUGAUUAGUUUUCCUCCCUUUAUUUUUCCUUCAUAAUUUUUUUUUCCAUAUUAAGGGUUGCCAGAUAAAACGAUAUCCAGUGAGAUGUGAAUUUCAGAUAAACAAUAAAUUUUUAGCUUAUCUCCCAAAUAUUUCAUAAAGUAUUCUAAUACUAAAAAAAUACUCAUUGUUUAUCUGAUAUUCAAAUAUCGCCAAUUGAGUUUCUUUUUUUCUUCCUCUAUGCAUCAUGCCUCUAUUGUUUUUUAAUCUGGUUUACCAAUAAAGGGUGAGAGCUAUCCUCCUUUCAUAUCUUAAGAGAAUUCAAGAAGAUCUAUGGUUCUUAAAGCCCUUCAUGAAGUAAAAUGUUGGCCCAUGCCUAAUCUAAAAGUAUGUUAUGAAGGAACAAUUCAUAGAUGGAAUAAUUAGAUUUAGUCCAUGCCAAAUCUAAAAAUACGUUAUGAAGGAACAAUUCAUAGAUGGAAUAAUUCAUAGAUGAAAAAAUUAAGGCAUAAUUAAUAUUGUCACAUUCAAAUUUCUCUCCACUGCCUGUUGUGACUUUCCAGAGUAUCCUGCCCCCCCACAUAGAUCCCUUCGAAGAAAAAAUGUGCUUAACAACUUACCAGGGUUUCCAUGAGCAAACAAUACAGUUUGUGGAGCACCGUAUGCUUUUCAAAAGUUUUCAAUGUCAAUCAAUUUAUGGACUUCAUUAUUCUACAAAGAAAGUAAACUCAUAUUCGAGGUGCAGAAAAAUCUCCAGUAAUCCUUUAAGUAACAUUUCCCACUAAUUGGGACAAAAUGAACUUAUACAUUAAAAAUGCCUCUGGAGAGUGGCGCACCUUCUAACAAAAUUCAAUUUCUCUUCUCUCAGAGAAGUUAUUAACGGCUGGCCACAAAUUAUUUUUAUCACAUUGGUCAUCUGUGGAACUGUGGAAAAGCUGACAUAGAAAAACAUGCUUGUUUGACAGAAGAAAAGAGAAGUCAUUGGAACAUUGUGGUCAAGUCACAGGUCUGUGUGUCUCCUCAGGGGCUGAGAGGGGUGUUGGGGAGCAGGCAAAGAUGGCUGUAGACCCUGACAAUGAAAUCUGCCAAAGCCGGUUAUUACAACCAGCAGUUUUUGGGAGAAACUGAAAAUCUAAGACACUCCAGAGUAAGAACAAUGAGCUGCUCUAAGGACAGUUUCUAGAACAGUUUGCAGAAGACAGAACCAUGGUGGAAUUCCUAAAAUAGUCUAAAUAUGGUCAUCUCCAAUAGUGAUUCUUUGAUGUAGGCUGACUAUGGAUGGAGUUUGGGGACAUUUUUGGCACCUACAUCUUCUCUUGAAAUUUUUGUAUUAAGAAAAUCCAAAUUCCUGAAUACAACAUUUUCAUUUCAUAGUUCCAUUUGCACAUAUUUGUGUUGAUUUGCUUCAUUUCCAAAGCAUGGAAAUUUGCAGAGCUGGUGACAUUUCCUUCAUUAAACACCAGAAAUUCACCAGAGGGAGACAGAUCUGUGCCUUCUCUUUUUAGGAUCUGGUCAUUGAUACUUUAAUAAAUGUGAUGUAAACAAAAUAUACACCUAUGGUUCAGUUUAGUAUAUGUGAAUUUUUUUGAUAAGAUUGUGUUCUUAAUGUAACAAAGUUUCUUUGUAUUCAGUGAAAUGCUUAAUAAAGUCUUGGUACAAGUUA